GACGUCAUACAGGUAAACACAAUCCUACAAAUCGGAUCGGAGAGGUGUGAAGAAACUUUGUGUGUUUGGUUUUCGGUGGUUCUCUGGUGCCUUUGGGGUCAGUAUUAAGAAUGACCGGGUUUUGGACCCAAACUGGCUACCUUAUACGCCGAAAUGUUUUAAUGAAGUGGAGAAACAAGCGGGAACUAUUUCAGGAAGUAUUUCUUCCAAUGCUGCUACUUAUGAAUCUAGCUACAAUUCGUUUUUCUACUAAACCAGAAACUGAAGAAGGCAUUCCGUCAUUCCCACAAUUCAACUUGUUUUCCGAAUAUUUUACGCACACGCUUAAGAACCCCAUCGGAGUCGCUGCCCCGAACUCUACAGAGCUGGAUGCUCUACUGAACAUAGCUAGACGUUCAAACAAAUUGAAUUUGAAAUUUUUAGUUUAUGAGAAUGAGACGUUCUUGCUUGAAGCCGAGUCGUCUGAAAACUCAAACCUUACUGGCCCAGCUAUCGUGUUUACAGAUAGUUUUCCCGAUGAUUUGAGUUAUACGAUACGAAUGGACAGAAACGCAGUUCCGUCAACUGGUGACGAAUUUACCAAUGCUGGAACUUGUCGGGAUACAUCGCAGGAUAACUUGCCGCCAAUGUAUAACUGCCCUGCAGCGGGUUAUCUUAGAUCUGGUUUCUCCGCACUACAAGUCAUCAUAGACCAUGCCAUUAUUUUAAUGAAGACCAACAAUACAAUUAGUCAGGUACCACUUCCUGAUGCUUAUACAGAGAUGUUCCCUAAAGGUGAAUACCCUGGCUCACCAACGGCUCUGCAGACCACCACCGCUGUUUAUUUUGUGUUAGCGUAUUCUCCAUUCGUCAUCGUCUUACUUUCAAAGAUCGUCGGAGAGAAGGAGAAGAAACUAACUCAGUCGUUGAAAAUGAUGGGAAUGAGGACAGGACCAUUUUGGACCGCUUGGUUUAUCGUGUAUGCUGUAAUGAUUGGCGUCGUAUCCAUAUUUGGAAUCGGCUUUGCUAAAGCUAUUCAAGUUUUUCCGAAUGGAAAUUUUUUCUUGCUGUGGCUCCUGCUAAUGUUGUAUGGAAUUUCAAUCGUCAACUUGGCCUUCAUGCUGACGCCAUUCUUCAACAAAGCAUUGACAGCAGGCGCAUUUGGAGCCUUUUUGGCAUUUUUCCUGGCUGUUGCUUAUAUUCCUCUCGGUCUUAUUUCGGGGAUACCGGCAGCGGUCAAAUGGAUAUUGUGCCUGUUCUCACCAAUAGCUGUUUCGCUUGCUUUAGACUCUGCUGUACUGCUUGAAAUUGAACAUGCUGGCCUGACCUUCAAUAGCUUCGGUCAAAGUGAAUUUCCGGUGUAUGCAAACUUCAUCAUGCUGUCUGUGGAUAUUGUCCUGUAUUUUGCCCUGGCUGUUUACUUUGAUAAUGUUGUGCCUGGUACGGAGAAUUGGCUGGAUGGUUGUAGUAAUGGUGUUGAUUGUGGUGAUGUUGGUAUUGAUGGUGGUAGUAAUGGUGUUGAUGGUGGUGUUGAUGUUAUUGAUGGUGGUAGUAGUGGUGUUGAUGAUGGUGGAAUUUCAAUGGAUAUUUAUGAAGGGCAGAUUACAUGUUUACUCGGCCACAAUGGUGCUGGGAAAUCAACGCUCAUUAAUUGUUUAACUGGCAUGAUGCCUUCAACAUCCGGACUGGCUAGAAUUUACGGCUACGAUGUCACAGACCCAUUUCAAAUGGACAAGAUCCGUACAAUGACGGGAAUCUGCCAACAAGAGAACACACUCUUUGACUACCUGUCUCCCAGAGAACAUCUAACUAUUUUUGCUGGUUUAAAAGGAAUCCCCGAGGAGGAAAUUGAGAUGACGGUUGAUAAAAUCUUGAAAGAAGUUGGUCUGGAAAAGCAGGGAGCCACGUAUGCGAAAGAAUUGAGCGGAGGUCAGAAACGGAAGCUCUGUAUGGGUAUCGCACUUAUUGGUGACCCUAAGGUGGUUAUCUUGGAUGAGCCGACAAGUGGUAUGGAUCCAUACUCAAGACGGUCAAUUUGGACAUUGCUGAAAAACAAGAGAGAGGGAAGGGUCAUCCUUUUAACGACGCAUUUCAUGGAUGAAGCUGACAUUUUAGCGGAUCGUAAAGCCAUCAUAAGCAAUGGUAAACUGCGUUGUUAUGGAUCAUCACUCUUUCUCAAGAAUCGAUUUGGUAUCGGCUACAAGCUAAGCAUGGUGACUGAGAUGGAUUGCAAUCAUGAUGCUGUCAAAGAUGUUAUUGUGUCAAAGGUCAGUGAUGCAAAGGUCAUAAGGUCACAUGGUAUGGAGUUGUCAUUCCAGUUGCCGCUAAAGGAUGUCAACUUGUUUGCAGAUCUCUUCAGGGAACUUGAAGCUGAAAAUGCAAAUGGCGUUGAAGCAUCAAAGUCGAUGGGAAUCCAAAGUUAUGGCGUUUCAAUGACGACCUUGGAGGAAGUUUUCCUGAAGAUUGGUGAAGAAGCAGACUUGGAAAAAGAACGAGAGCAAGACGGAUUGGGAACUGAAGGGAGCACUAAUGAUAACAGUGGCUUUGUCAAUAUUGACUUCAACAUGGACGAAAGAGAUACAGUCAUUGAAGUACCAGAGGUGGUUCUAGAUUCUUCUGCAUUGGCAACUGAUCCCAUCAAGCCUAGCUUCAAGGCCCAGUUUAAGAGCCUUUUUAGGAUCUUCGGUCUAUUGGUUAUAAGAAACCCUUCUACUUACGUUGUGCGAUUCAUUAUGCCAAACAUUUACAUGGUAAUUGGCGUUGUCAUGGUGCUGGUGAUUCCUACGAGUAACAACGAUAGUCUGAAUCCUCAAAAAAUCCACCUCUCCAGAGAUUUGUACUUACAAAACCUCUCAGGCUAUCCCGAGACCAAGACCGAGCUACUCUACCAAAAUUCCCUCCCAACAGGCCAAAAUAUCAGUUCACUGGUGUCGGAGUUUGAUCGGUUGGACAUCAAGAAUGGAGAAAUGAAAAACUUCAGCUCGUUGCUUUCGGAUGCCCCUCACCACCAGGCUGUUAACGCCAAAAAUUUGAAUAAUUUUUCAUUUGUAGCACACUACAAUGAUACAGCCAUUCAUUCCUUACCAAUCCUCAUAAACAUUCUUAUGAACUCUCUCUACGGCCUGUUGGACAGCAACCCUGGUAACAUCAGCGUAUCAUCACAAGAUUUCCCGUCAGUUGGCUCGGGUGAUUAUACAUUUAAUGGCGCUGUUUUACUGGCUUUGUUCUUUGCUGUCUCCCUUAAUUUGAUUCCGCCUUAUUUUGCAGUCGAUAAGGUCAAAGAUCGUGAGGUUUGUUAUUUCAAUGUUACUAUUAUUUUAACUAAUGAUCCUUAUUUACUGGAUCUUAAGUGUGUCUGCCACUAUAACGGUCUGCCCAAUAACAUGUGUAUGUGCCACAAUAACAUGUGGGUCUACCACAUUAACAUGUGUGUCUGCCACAAUAACACAUUACUGUAUUACUAUAUAUUACUAAUUGUUUGGGUAUCUUCAAACAUACAACAAUCAUUUUUAGGCCAAAAUAUCAGUUCACUGGUGUCGGAGUUUGAUCGGUUGGACAUCAAGAAUGGAGAAAUGAAAAACUUCAGCUCGUUGCUUUCGGAUGCCCCUCAUCACCAGGCUGUUAACGCCAAAAAUUUGAAUAAUUUUUCAUUUGUAGCACACUACAACGAUACAGCCAUUCAUUCCUUACCAAUCCUCAUAAACAUUCUUAUGAACUCUCUCUACGGCCUGUUGGACAGCAACCCCGGUAACAUCAGUGUAUCAUCACAAGAUUUCCCGUCAGUUGGCUCGGGUGAUUAUACAUUUAAUGGCGCUGUUUUACUGGCUUUGUUCUUUGCUAUCUCCCUUAAUUUGAUUCCGCCUUAUUUUGCAGUCGAUAAGGUCAAAGAUCGUGAGUUGAAGACAAGAGCUCAGCUACGAGUGUCUGGCGUAACAAUGCAGACGUACUGGGUAACAUGGCUGGCAAUUGAUGUUGCGUUCUACGCACUUGCCUGUCUUAUUGGUAUCAUCGUAAUUCUAGCUUUCCAAGUCGACGCCUUUAUGAAUGCAGGCGCUAUGAUUACGUUUCUGUUGUUGCUCAUUACAUAUUUACCGGUGUCUACAAUAUUUGCGUACUGUGUGUCGUUCAUGUUUGACAGUUUUGAAUCGUGUCAAGCAGUCUUGCCGUCAUUUUAUUCAUUAGUUCCAACUGUUAUAGCAGUUCCUGUAAUUGUCCUAGAUUUGACGGGUACAACAGGAGCAGCUGCUGCUAUUCAUUUGGUGUUUGCGUUGCUUUUCCCGCCCUACGCAAUUUAUGGCGGAAUUUAUUAUAUUGUGAAGAUUUACGAGUGGGAACUUCUUUUUUCAAGAGCAGAUGACAUUAAAGCAGGGGAUUACUUCAAGUUUGAUGCAUACAUUAUCCCUACUAUAUUAAUUCUCUUGGUGGACUUGGUCUAUAUGUACUUUUUCCUCCGUUGGUGUGAGAUAAUGAAAACCGGAGGAGACUGGAAGGAUGCCUUUUAUUGUGGGUCAACUGAUAUUAAGUACAGCAAGAUCAAUGAUGAUGUGAUAGAAGAUGAAGAUGAGGAUAUUGUUGAAGAGAGGAAACGGGUAAAAGAUAUUCUCAUGAACAACAAGCCGUCUGCCUUGGUGGUCAGUGAUCUACGACGAGAGUUCAACUUGAGGAAAGACAAGAAGACCAAGGCUGAAGGUAAGGUGAAGGUAGCUGUGAGAAAUGUCUCGCUAGCUGUAAUUCCUGGUGAAGUCCUUGGCCUUCUUGGUCCAAACGGUGCAGGAAAGACCAGUACAAUGAAUGUAGUCACUGCAGAUAUUGAACCAACCAAAGGACAGGUGAGAGUUGGUGUGAAUGACAUUGCUUCGUCUCUGAGUGAGGCUUACCAGACCAUGGGCUACUGCCCUCAGGUUGAUCCUCUGUGGCCUGACUUGACGGUUCGAGAACAUUUGCAGGCCUAUGGCGCCAUCAAAGGACUCUCAAAGGAAGAUGCUGCUAAAAUUGGAAACCACUACAUGGAGGGCCUGAAGAUUAGUGAACACGCCGACAAGAAGAUUAAAGAAAUUUCUGGAGGUACAAAAAGAAAGCUUUGUUUUGCACUGAGUAUGCUGGGCAAUCCAGAGAUUAUUCUAAUGGAUGAACCCUCUACUGGUAUGGAUCCUGCUUCCAAAAGAUUCUUAUGGAAUACUAUCAUUGCGUGUUUCAAAGAUACUCGCGGCGGUGUGUUAACAACUCACUCCAUGGAGGAAGCCGAUGCCGUGUGUUCCAGAGUUGGAAUCAUGGUUACAGGGCAACUAAAAUGUCUAGGGACCACCCAACACUUGAAGGACAAAUACGGUGGAGGCUAUCUCUUAGAAGCUAAGCUGAACCUUGUUGCUUUCGCAAGGGGGGCCGGGGACACGACAGCCCUCCUGGAAGAUAAACUGACAAAGUUCAUCCGACAUGUGCGUACCUUCUUCCCCAGCGCUGAAGUUAUUGAGUGCUUUUCAGAACGUGUGACUAUAAAAGUACCGAGAGAUGAAGUGAACUCGCUGGCUAAAGUUUUUGAGAUCAUGCAAGAAGGAAAAUCUGAGUUUGAAAUUGAAGAAUACAGCUUUAGUCAAUCUACCCUUGAACAGGUAUUCAUAGAGUUCGCUAAGCAACAAGAAGAGAUUGAUGAGGAAAAUGAAGUGCCUACACAGGAGAAUGAAAUCCACCGAUCAAGGAGAGUCCAGCCUAAACCACAAAGACAAUACUCACAAAUAUCAGUUAACUAACUAUAGAUGGUUGCCGGGAUACUAUAUCAACUCCUUGUUGUUCAAUAAUUUAUUGGCUCACUCUAUUAAAGCAGAGGAACACUCUCACGCAGGAGAGAUUCUACCAUACAACAGAACAAAAGUUGCAAGUAAAGAUGAAAUUCAUUUUAAAAAAGAGAUAAUAGUAUUGGAAUUUAAAAAAUUAAAAAAAACCUAGUUAAAGUUUGUUCAUGGUUGCGUAGAUCACUGUAUAUGUGGUUUCGGAGAUAAUGGCCAAAACAUGUUGGAAUGUCAAAUUUUUCGAAAUCUAUUUUAAACUAAAUUUCAUUUAUAUAUACAUCAUGCUGUGUUGUUAUUUUUCUCAUUUCUGACAUUAAAACAACAUUUAUUAAUGAUUUAGUGAUAGUCUCUACCUGAGAAAUGGGUAAAAAAUUUGAAGGCUGAUUUCUCAAAAACGGUACU